UUUUUUUUUUUUUUUUUAGAAUUUGGGUUGUCAGGAAUUCGUAAUGAACAGCCUCUUUUUAUCCCUGUUGCUUGUCUCUCUUCUGUUUAUGAAAAGCUUUUCUGAAGGGCAAGGAAAGAAAUGGAAAGGUGAAGGUACUACACAAAACCUGGAAAGCAUUGUCAUUGGAAGGUGUUAUGAGUACAUUAGAAUUGUGAAUCCUUCUGUUGGUGAGAAGAAUUGUUCAGAGUUAUGGGAAGCUUUUAAAAAUGCUUUUAUUAAGAAGGAUCCUUGCAGCAUUCUACCUACAGACUAUGAAUUAUUUAUCAACCUGUCACUGCACACAAUUCCACCUAAUAAGUCUCUCUUCUGGGAAAAUAAUCAGCUUCUAGUCAAUAGCUUUUCUGGUAGAACUCGUCGCUACAUGUCUGUGAGUGACACUCUAUUUGGCUUCUUUGGAGAUCUGCUAAACUGGUGUGGGCAGCCAAACAGCACUGGACUGGACUAUGAUUCCUGCCCUACCACAGAAGAAUGUGAAAACAAUGCAGUGGAGUCUUUCUGGCGGAUAGCCUCGACCACUUAUGCACAGCACAGUUCUGGGGUGAUACAUGUCCUACUGAAUGGUUCUGCAGAAGGAGGAGCUUAUCCAGUCAAAGGUUUUUUUGCAGACUAUGAAAUACCUAAUCUCCAGAAAGACAAAAUCUCAGAAAUUGUCAUCUGGGUUGUAGAUGAUAUUGAAGGACCAGAUAGAGAUUCCUGUGGAAUUCAUACUGUAAAGAUAUUAGAAGACAGGUUGAAAACCCUUGGUUAUGAUGUUUCAUGCACUGACAAUUAUAAGUCUGUGAUGUUCUUACUCUGCCUGGAUCAUCCCGAUCAUUCUAAGUGUGCUUUUUCAUCAUCUGCACCAGAAGCACAAAGAGGAUCUAUAUCUUCAGACAGAGAAGGCAACUGGAACAAGCUCGUGUUUGUUACUUUUGUAGGCUUUUUGUUCAGAUCUGCUUUAGUGUAUUAAGUUAAUCAACUGAAUCCAGUUCUAUUUGCUUCACUUGGCUAUAAAUUAGGCUUUAAUUAAUUUAUAAUUGCAGUUUCACUCUAGCUCUGGACUGGCAGACCUGCAUAUCUAUAUAUCAACUACUAAUAGCUUGAAGAAAUAUUCUAUUGCUUCUAGAAAGCCUCGCUCUUCAUUUUUAUUUUCCUGAAUAGGUGGAAUUUAUUGUAAUUUCCUCCUGUUGAAUUUUCUAGAAUUCCACUGAGAACAAUACAUUCUCUCUGUUCAUAUAUUGCAGCAAGAAAAGCUGUAUUAUACAUCAUAUAUCUCCCAAACACAUUCCUUGUUCUUAACAAUCCUAGCAUUUUGGCCUGGAAAACUAAGUGUCUGAUUAUCCUGUUUUGGGAAAAAGGGAGGAAUACAAAUUCAAAUGAGAGAGAACUUGGAUGCUUAGUAUAAAAAGCAAUAUAAUAAGUGAAACAGUGGAAAAAAAUAAACUCAUUUUGAAAAGUAGUAUAGUAUUUUAGCCAAGCUUGACUGAAACUAUUAUACAGUGAGAUUCUGGCUUGCAUACAGUAUUCUGCCACAUACAGUCCACUGCUCUGCCAUCCACACUGCUAUUCCUCAACUGGCUAUUUCCUGGCCACUAGAUAACCAAUAAUCAGUAGUACCAGAUCUUGGAAGUUCCACAGAUUUUCCACCAUGAUGCAGUGAAUAGCUUUGUGGCAUAUCAAAUUCAGACAAGAACCUGCCAAGUCAGACAGCUGUCUGCUUUCAGAUAACUCAUAUGACAUGUUUCAGAAUGUAUUCAGAUGACAGCAAUUGCCAUCUUAAAGGUGUCUUCAGUUGCUUCUGUUAGUUAUCUAAGUGAUCCAGAUACCUCUUCAUCUAAGUGACCAAUACACUCAGCUAUCAAGAUGGCACAUAAAUCUUAGCUUCUUAACUUAAGAAGUUAGCUUCUUAAUUAUUUAUUUGUACAUUAGCUGAUUAUCAGGAAACUAGUGUAGGAUGUUCCUGUUUAUCUCAAUGCUUCUGAUUUAGGACAUCAUAGUAGAUUUAUAUUCUUUCAGUCUCUAGUAAAACUAUGUCAUGUUGCAUGUUUGAAAGAAAGAAUAUGAGAUAAAUGUUGUUGCUUAUUUGUUGGGCAUCCAUUCCUGUGAUAAUCUUUAAAUCAGUUCCGAUGCAAAUCCCUUUAAAUAUGUACCUACUUGCAUUUACUUGUGUCACGGUUGGAUUUGUAUAUAAGCUCCAAGGAUUUUUGUGUCCAUCUCAGAGAGUUGCAAAAAUACUGGUAUCAGAAGUUACACACCUUUGAAAAUCUGGGCUGUAAUAUGCAUCAGAGUUGGCCCUUAGCCAUUCUGAAACGUUAGUCCUUUGAUUAGUUCUUUCAGCAUCCCUCUCCUUUUUAUUGCUUGACUCUGUCCUUAACAGCGAUUGCCAGAAUAAGGGGAGAGGUAACUAUCUGUAACACAGACACGUCCCAGGUAACUAAAACCAAACAAUUUUUACUAGUUUUUUAUUUGUCCACUGCAGAUCCCAUCAUGAUACAUUUGGUACUACAGGCUAUGGACACAGGGCAUAUGAGGCUCACAGAUAAGUAUCCAAGCCAUCUUUCAGUCUACUGUUGUUCUACCCACUGAUCUGUGUAUUGUGGUGUGGGGAUGAUUCUAGCUAAAUACCACUAAGAAGGCAUAUGUCUCUUAGGCAACUUCUAUCCACGAGCCAAGCAUCCUGGCUGGCCAACUUACGCUGUCCCGCAUAUGAGAGCUUUUCACCUCUGAAUGCAGUCAUCUACUUCAGCAGUGCAGUCAGUAUUGGCAGUUACAUAUGAUACCAAAUAUACUGUAGGAAGUGAUUCUGUUUUGAAAAACCUAUAAAAUACUAUAAAAGUAGGAUAGAUACAGCUCAAAUAGUUGGAAGAUAUUUACUGCAUAAACUAAUAUUCAGCCCAACAUACUCAGAAACCUCUCGCAGUACGUACUUUCUAAUAUUCUUGCCUCCCUUCCCAUGACUACAUUUGCUACAUCAAGCAGCAAAGCCAGUAGAUUUUGUUUCCAAUAUCCUUUGAGUAAAGUGUCUCAAACUUUUGGGGAAAGCUUGGGAAGACCUGUAGAAGAAGGGUAAUUGGUUUUAGUUGCCUAACUAAUAUAGGUGGGAAAAAAAACAGGCAAAGUUUUAUGGUCUCCUCCUCAGAUCAUAAAGGCAGCACAUUUUAAGCUAAGUAUGGACCAGUUGCUCAGAGUUUAAUAUAAUUGUUUUGAUCAGGAAGAAAGGAUAGUAUGACUGGCAUCUAUGAAGCAGAGGGACAGAAGUAGUGUUAGCAAAAGGAGGCAGAUGCAAUAUGGUCAUUUGUUAUUCCCUGAUGGAAGAAGAGACAUGAAAUAAACAGUUGGGAACAAGGGAAUCCCUUCUCUCUCUCUUUCUCUUUCUCCACCUAAAAAGUGUAUGAAUAGUAGUAGUUACACAUAUAUUGACAGAUAUGCAGUGAGAAUCAGCUAGGAAUGUCUGCGCUCUGUCUUGAGCACUUAAUAAAUGUUCUUACUAGCAAUGCCUUGUGUAACAGCUGUGGCUAACCAGCUGGAUUAGCCAAAUCUUGAAAAAGCAAAAUGCAUAAAAGGUAUCUGCCCUUCUCAGUAAAUUCUUGCAAGCCUGGUAAGAUUCAACAGAGUGGUUCAAAUAUAUAUUCAACAUUUUUCAAUUGUUCAUACUUGUGCUACAAAACCAGCUAUCUCCAGAAAUGAAAUUCCAGGGGAAAAAUAAGAGCAGAUGUUCAUAUUAAAACAUCAUGAAUAUAAUUUCAUCUUGAAUCUAGUUUGAUGCCACAAUUCUAUGUAGAUCUCUUAAUACCCAACUACUCCUGGUGAAUAAAAGCAUCACAUACAUGAGUAUUACUAGGUGCUUUCCAUUUAUGCAGACAGACAUCUGGAAGCUACUGCUACUAAGCUAGUAUUUCCUAUCUUCACCCCUUUUGUGGACCACUUAAUAACUCAAUUAUAUCAUGCUCUUUAUUCCUCCAUAGAAAUAAAUAUAAUCUCUCCAUCUGCUAACCUGCUUUUUUUCUGCUGCAUGACUCCGACUAAAUCAGAAUAAUUCAUUUUUACUGUGUGCAUGUGCACUUAUACAUGUGCUCACACCCAUUCUGUCUACUUUUAAAUGUGAACUCUUUAGUACUGUGGAGUGAGAAUCUAUGAGAAUAAAGCAAGGACAACUUAUUCA